AACUCAGGUGGCAACAAGCGUCCAAAUGACAAACCAGCUUGUCCAACACACCGGGCCGGAGCGUGGGUCCCGAAGGCAUUCUAUUUGUCCCCGGACCCACUGUUGAAAAUGCCGGUCAGAUUGUAACCUAUCUGCGUGGGUCUUCCUAAAUGUGAACAGAAAGUGGAACUGCACAGGAAUCGUCCCCAAAAGAUAGAAAUUUGCGAGGAGCAGCGAGCGAGUCAUUUUAAUCGGUUUUACCAGCUGGUGAACAACGGACCAGACUAUAAUCAGAAAAAAAGAUUCAUUCAUUUGAAGGAAAAGGAAGUCUAUACCAAGAGAAUUUUCCAACAGGAGUGUUUGCUCUUCAAGAAAUGGCUGUCUUUUGUGAUAAGUAUGAGGAAAAAGUUCGUACUUACAUUAAUGUCAUUGAUGAGAUGAGAUCAAUGGGUAUAGAUAAGGAGUUUUCUCUACCCACCAUUGCUGUGAUUGGAGACCAGAGCUCGGGUAAAAGCUCUGUGCUGGAGAUGCUGUCUGACGUGGGCCUUCCCAGGGGCACUGGCGUUGUGACAAGGUGUCCUCUUGAGUUGAAGCUAAAGAAGAUUGAAGAGAAUAAGCCGUGGAAAGCACAAAUAAGUUAUAGAGACUAUAGUAGAACGCUGAAUCAUGCAAGUCAGGUGGAAGAUGAAAUUCUUAAAGCCCAGGACAUCCUUACUGAGAGCAUAAGUAUAAGUUCGGAACUCAUCAGUUUACAAGUUGAAUCAAGCAAUACCCCUGACCUAACAUUAAUCGACUUGCCCGGAAUUACCAGGGUUGCCAUUGGGAAUCAACCUCAAGACAUUGGAAAGCUGACCAAAGGACUCAUCAGGAGCUAUAUUCAAAGAAAGGAAACUAUUAUUUUGGUUGUCAUUCCCUGCACCAUGGACAUUGCGACCACUGAAGCAUUGAAGAUGGCACAUGAGUUUGAUCCUGACGGAGAAAGAACACUGGGUGUUUUAACAAAACCGGACUUAAUUGACAAAGGCACAGAAGAAAGUAUUCUUAACAUCAUUGAGAAUAAAGUUGUUCCCCUGAAAAAGGGUUACAUACUUGUCAAGUGCCGUGGGCAGAAUGAGCUGAAUGCAAAUACGACAAUGUCUGCUGCACUGGAGGAAGAAAUCACAUUUUUGAAGAACAGCUCACAUUUUCGGCCACUGCUGGAGAAAGGCGUUGCAUCCUUCGAACAUCUGUCUGAAAAACUCACCAAUGAGCUCAUUCAGCAAAUCGCGAACUGGCUGCCAAUCAUGGAGGAAGCUCUUCGGGAGAAAGUCGUGGAAAUCCAAAAUAAGUUGGAUGAACUGGGCACCAACAUUCCAGGAGACGCUCAGGCGAGAAAAUUAUUCCUGAACUGCAAAAUUUUAACUUAUUGUGAGGAGCUCACUAGUUUAGUCAUGGGAGAUUACAAGAAGGACUACGACAAUGAAAAGAAGAUAUGUGACUAUUCUCGGAGGGUGUUUUCAGGGUGGUACAACAAGCUGGAGAUAGAGAAAGUAAGGCUUAAUGAUGAGGCAAUGUCAAAGGUCAGGUUCCAUGACAAAUACUCUCAAGGGAGAGAGCUGCCCGGAUUCACAAAGUACAGAGUAUUUGAAUCUGUCAUCCGAGAACAAAUUCAAAAGUUGCUGCCACCUUCUCUCCAACUGAUGAAAGAACUUGCAGAUAAAGUCCAGCAAGUGUUUAACGCAAUGGGAUUUGAGCAUUUUCAAAAUUUCCCCAAUUUGAUACUAGCAACCAAGGACUUAGUUGCUCAAAUCCGCCAAAAGCAGGAACAGGAUGCCGAACAGAAUUUGAGGAUACAUUUUAACAUGGAAAGUAUGGUUUAUGCACCAGACGCAAUGUAUAGCUCCAAACUGGGAGAGAUACAAGCAAAAUUUCAGAACAGCUGUCAGAUGGAGCCCAGUUUAUCGCCAGGUAGAUCUAUCCAUAAAAUGGCUGGUCUCUUACAAGCCUAUUAUCAGAUUGCUAUCGAUCGAUUGGUUCAAAUGGUUCCCAUGGUGACCAGAUAUCAUCUUCUGCAAGAAUUUGCAAACCAGGUCAAGUUGGAGAUGGCUCAAACUUUUCUGAAUGAAUCAGGUGCUGAUGGUCUCCUGGAUGAGCAUGCCGAUAUAAAAAGGAAACGUGAAAGACUCACUGAUUCCCUGAAUCAGUUGAACAAAGCAAGGUCUCUUCUGAUGGCUAAAGAAAUCAGUAGAGUGCAAUGACACUGCAUGUCUUAACAGUUCCUUUUUGUUGACAGCUAUGUUCAUUGUUCUCGCUUCCACGUUUUCACUGCAAGGUACUGACCCCGCACUGCAUUACAUUUCCACCAGCCCCUUCCAAACAUGCCAAAGCGACACUGAAUGGAAAGAGGUUUUCGUACAGAAAUGUGAUGCUGAGAUGCGGCUGCUGCGAUGCUUCUUCUGAUACCCAGGGCAAUAUUUUCUGCCGGGGUGCGCUAUUCUUUCAGCGCAAUUCACCUGAAAUUGAUCAAACUGGGCCGAAAGAUCGUGGCCAGAAUUUUUACCUGAGCGAGCGUAAAAUGAUGCGCGACAGUGUCGGGCGAGCGUCCCGAGCCUCAUCACGCACGCGCACGAUAUUUCGGUCGGCGCGCGCGCGCGGGAGUCAGCAGCACGCCCACCAACAACGAGCCUAUUAAGGCCAUUAAAGUCCCAAAUUGAACGUCAUUUUCUCGCUGCCCGUCCAGCUUUACGGUUUGCAUUUUUUUUAAGGAAACCUCAUCUACAGGCGGGAUGAAGUUUCCAACAGCAAUUUAAAAACAAAAUAAAAAUGUUAACUUUUUAUUAAUAGCGUGUCUCUGCUCAUGUGACAAUCUUUAUUUCUGAAUUUUUAUAUCUUCAGCUCCCUGAGGCAGCUCUGCACCCUGGGUGGGGGGGGCUUUUCCUGCGCGCACCUUAGGGACAUGUGCGAAGCUCCCACUCGCCCUCUCCCCCCACCCCCACCCUCCCCCAUACAGGCAGUGCUGCAGCCCGCGUCUCACACUGGGUGGGCCUUAAUUAGCGGUCCGGCCCCGAUCACGGGUGGCGUUUGGCUUCCCAUUCACUCCCACCGAUCCCGCCCAGCGAGGGCAAAAUCCUGGCCCGUGGAACUUCUUCAAGCACAAAUUACAGUUAACACCAACCCCGUUUCCAUGAUUUUUUGUUUUGGUGCUUGUUUAAAAAGCAUUGCCUUAAAAGUCAGCCCUGCUCACGUGACUGCUCCUCAGAUCUAAUUAAUCACCACUGUUGCACACCAAUGUAACGAGCCAAUGGUUCGAUCGAGUUUUCUCAAGUCAUUUCAGUUUUUUUACCUGUGGGCACAAAAGUAUUAAUGGGCCUGGCAACAGCAAUAUAUAUAUUGUCGUUAAACAACAGAUAGUGGGCUGAAUUUUCCCCCCAUCGGGGGGGGGUGGGGGGAAUGUUGAUGGGCGGGCGCGUAUGGGCGCGCUUCCGAUCGGCACCCCCGAUCGGAAGGCGCAGCGCCAUUGUACAAUUGGCCCUCCCAGCGUGGCGUCCGCACAGAAAUGCU